GCUGAGAAAGCAGGUGAAAGGCAAAAGGGGUGCCGGGACCCCCCUCCCCUAAAAAAAAAUCAGAAUCAGAAUCAGACGCAGCAAGGAAAAAAGUGUCAAGUGCUCCCGCGUCCUGCACUGCACUCGCCGAAGAAAUGUCGUCUUCAAACAACAAGCCCGUCCGAUCGCGAUUUUCAAGCCCGUUGCAUUCGAGUUCGCCUUCCGGCCACAAUAGGGGAUCGGUGAUGGAAGGUCAAAGACAUUUCAUGCAGAGGUGGCUCGAACCUCCGGUGCAGAACAAAGCGAGUUUUCAAGAGGCAGGAUUGAUCAGAGGCGGUGUUGUCGAGAAUAUGGCUCCCCUAGGUACUCUGCCCAAGUCGGCUAUGCACAAGAAAUCUCCUGUGAAUGGUGAUGGAUUACCGGCUCCUCCACCCGUCAAAACGCGCAUCGUGCUGAAGAAGCCGUACGCGACUGCGACGCCGACGCCGCGUGAGAGCGUGCCUCGUAUUGGGGAACAAUCGCCGGAUGAGGUCGAGGCUGAGGUGGAUGCGGCGCCAUUAUCGCCACUAUCGCAACCCGUGGCACCUCCUACCGCGAUGGAUGAUGGCGAAGAUGAAGAUUAUGUACCUAAGAAGUCCAAAACACGCACUUCCCAGCAUACCACGCCUAGCAACGCACGCCGCCAUUCGGCCAGGCGUCGAAGUGCGCGUCCUAGCCCUACACCUGUUGCAGUCACUGCACCAGCCAUUUCUACGCCAGCUCAAUCUUCACCUGUCCAGGCGGCAGCCCCGUCGCCUCAACCUCAACCUUUACCUCAACCUCUACCACAGCCGCUACUCCCACCCGGCUUUCGUCCACCCGCAUCUAUGCUUCAUCGCGUGCCGGACAAAGAAAUGGCAGAUAAAGUGAUUGAGCGUGCAGUUGACGAGGCACUCGGCCAUUACCGUUACCCCACAGCAUGGGCACUUCGUCUACUUUAUGAUGAAAACUCAGGUGAUCCGCAAUUUGUUUCUAUGAUGGAGGAUGUCUAUCAUCAACGCGCAGAUGUGGACACUAUCAUGGAAUUCAAAAGACUCAUUGCCGCCAAGAAGAAGGACGGUAAAAAGGACAACAAAGGUUGUUAUUAUUUUGUGCCGCCUUCGACCGGUAGCCGCUUCACUCCUCACAAACCCAAGCCUGCACCCUACGGCGACCUGAUCAAAAUGGACUUCAACCAUUUUCCCGAGGAGACUCCCAAGGGACAUGUCAGCAAGAAGGUCAAACUCGACGAGGAUGCUAUUAUUAAUGCAACCGAUGCAAGCACCGCCAGUCCUUCCAAGGUAAAUGGAGUCAGCAGCCAUAAAAGUGCCACAAACAACAACAAGUCACCGCACAAGUCGCCGCACAAAUCACCAUCUAAGGGAAGAAAAACGCGCUCGGGAUCAGUUAGCAGCUCUUCGUCUCUAUCAUCAGUUCCCGAUGAUGUGCCCGAUGACUACGAGGGUUUCAUGGAUCUAGUGGAUGACGACCUGAGUGUCGCGCGUCCCAUAGCUGCCGCAGCCGAAGCGAAUAAUGCGCAAAUCCCGGCAGACUCAAUCCAGCCAAUCAGCGACCAACAGAGGAAACCCGCCGCGAAAAAGAAGAAUGGCGCAUCACCCAAGAACACUCCCUCCCACACUACCCGUCAACACCCUUCAUCCCGUGAUUCAAGCAUGCCCGCUACUGUUAUCACCAACGGCCUCUCUCAUCACGACACCACCCCCAAACGUCAACAAACGCCCGCUAUCAAGUUUACCAGCAAAUUUGGUGUCGCCGACCUUUCGGAGCCGCUCGUCCAGAAAAAGCUGGACAACAAGCUUGAGACCAGGAGUGCUACGGAUGAGAUCGUCGAGGAUAGUUUCAUUCGAGAACCUCUCCCAGACGAAAGCCUACCCUUCGAGCUGGCUGUGCCACCACCUCCUACUACUGAGCAAUAUCGCUCAUCUCGGACGCCAGCUUUGAGUUCACGAGCUGCGAGAGCGGCCAAGCGCCACCAUGAUGAGAUGGACGAUUCCAUCUCCCCGACUACCCAGUCAUUCCGGGCCGCUGAUCUGGAUGCGUCUUCUGCACGCAACUCGCGUGCUGCGACGCCGGCGUCCAACUUGCGCUCGAGCAAGAAACCUCGAGCUGGUCUACGCGUAAAGAACUCACCGAUGAAGAAGAAGGGCACUUCUGCGGGUAUUCCUCGUAGCGCCGUUGAUCGACCAAGCCCUGUGGGCUUUGGACCUCCUCAUCAUCAGGACGAUAACGACGACUCCUGCUAUACGUGCGGGGGUAAUGGUGAGCUCGUCUGUUGUGACGGAUGCAAUUAUUCUUUCCAUUUUCUAUGCAUCGACCCUCCUAUGGACGAGGGCCACAUGCCUGAUGAAUGGUAUUGCAACGAGUGCAAGCACUCAUGUUCUCCGCCCUUUAGUGGCGAGUAUUCGGGCCCAUUCCGAUCUCUUCUCAGCCUUCUCGACAGAAAGAACACGAGAGCUUUCCGUCUUCCCGAAGAUGUUCGAGAACUUUUUGAAGACGUGCGAACAGGACCGGAGGGCGAAUACGAAGAGACCACGAUCCCUAAGCCUAAGGCGAGCAAGAAGGGCGCUGAGGAAGCCUUCGACUUUUUCAAGGUCAAGAAUGCAGACGGCCCGGUGUUGUGUUUCCAUUGCCACAAGGCAACUUCAGACAAUCGCCCCAUGGUCCCCUGUUCGGUAUGCGGCCUCAACUGGCAUCUCGAAUGUCUAGAUCCGCCCCUAGCUGUUCCACCCGUUCCUCGAACCUGGCGAUGCCCUUGCCAUGCCGAGGACAUGUUGGCUGAGCUUCCAGAAAGACUGGCCCCGGCGCAUCGUCAUCGCAAGAUCAAGAAUGCCCCAAUCAUCGAGCAUAGCUACAGCAGAGGAAUGGCCAAUGAUGGCUACAUCGAGAUCGAGAACGAUGACGAUAGUGAGGAUGAAGCGCACGCUUGGCGAAAGCACAAGGGCUUUGGUCGUGUCCAUCGAUUGUCCGCGAAGGGCAUCAAGCUGGACUUCAUCUCUCGCGUACGAGAAAGCCGCAAGCGCAAAUUCACCCCGGUUAGCACAGUCAGCCCUGCUCCCGCGAUGCAGCCCAAGGUCCGAUCUCUCGAAGAGCAACAAGCAGCCUUGAAUCUCGCUCAGCUAGCUAGAAGUGAUGGCAUCAGUUUACUACAGCGAGCCAUGAUUUCACAAGCUAGUCCCGAUAUCCUCUCUCUAAUGGCAAGCGGAGAUGCUAAGCGCAUUGCCUCUGGCAGCCUUUCUUCAGUCGAUACCGUCUCUCUUGAAGCGAUGCUCGCACAAGCCGAAUCCUUACAGCAAGGGAUCCGUCAGCUCUUGGACAGCAGAAGCAAACCAACUGUCGAGAGUGCGGCGGACGACGCAGCACCUAAAGCGGCGAAGAAAGAAGCUUCUCUAUCAUCCGAUAGCCCUAAGAACCACGAUAUGGCUACGCCCAAAGACGGCAAGCGAUGUGCUGCUGCCAAAGAUGUCGCCAGUAGCCUUGAUACUAAGGGACAUAAGCCCACCAAGGACGAGUCUGCAAUGCAGAUCGACUAAGAAACCUUCAUCCCUUCAUACGAGCUUAGCGCAUGUACCGCUGCCCUUGCCGGUGUCUCCUACUUUAUUCGGACUCGGCUGUGGUGGAGCUUGGUCUGUUCUAGAUGCAGAUCCAUGGUUUCAAAUUCUACAAGACGAGCAUCGUGGAAAUUACACUGUCACAUCGACAGUUUUGACUACUAUUAAUUUUUCCUAUUCCAUUUGCGACAUUACUACGAGUCGCCACCGCCAUUUUUCGAUCACGAGACUCCAGGACUGCCAAUUUCCUUAAUAGAC